AUGGCCCUGGUGGCGCCCGCUCCGGGCGCGAGUGCAUUUGUGGCCUUUCCGUCCGCCGCAAGGCCUUUGAGAUCAGAGCCCAGCACUUCGGACCGCCGUGCUGCCUAUGGCGCCACUGGCAGUGCAUGGACCUUCUCGGCCCUCACCGUCGCGGCGGCCGGAAGCGGUGCACGGAGGGCGCUGGUGGCACGCCGCGCCGACCGACGGGUGGUGGUGACCGGUAUGGGCAUUACCAGCUGCUUGGGGAAUACCCUGGAUGAGGUGGCGGAUAAUUUGCAGAAGGGCAACUCGGGCAUCACCUUUUCUGAAGAGUACGAACAGCUGGGCAUUAAGAGCAACGUACGGGGACGGCCGAACUUAACUCCUGCGGAGAUCAAGGAGUUGAUCCCACGAAAGACCUUGCGCUUCAUGGGGCCCAACGCGCAGUUCGCCUACAUCGCCCUGGACCGGGCCAUCCAGGACGCAGGCCUGAAGCCGGAGGACUACGAGAACAAUGAGCGCUGUGCUUCGAUUCUGGGGCAGGGCGGCACUUCCAUCCCAGACGUGAUGGAGUCCUGCGGCUAUGUGGCCGACCAGGUGAAGCGCUGGCCCAGUAAGGUGGGGCCCUACCGCGUGACACGCACGAUGGGCUCCACCGUGUCGGCGGUGCUUUCCUCGGCCUUCAAACUGCAGGGCCCCUCCUUCUCCAUCUCCUCAGCAUGUUCCACGGGUGCGCACUGCAUUGGGGUGGCCAUGGAACAGAUCCAACUGAACAAGGCCGAUAUGGCUGUGGCUGGAGCCGGAGAGAACGAGUGUUGGCAGUUCACCGCCAUGUUCGAUUGCAUGGGAGCCUUGUCCACGAAGCGCAACGCCGAGCCCACGAAGGCAUCCCGAGCCUUCGACAAGGAGCGGGAUGGCUUUGUGAUCGCAGGUGGUGGUGGCAUGGUCGUCCUGGAGGAGCUGGAGCACGCGAAAGCCCGUGGAGCCAGGAUCUACGGAGAGCUGGUGGGCUAUGCAGCCAACUCAGAUGGCUACGAUGUGGUUGCACCCUCUGGAGUUGGCGGUGAGAAAUGCAUGAAGCUGGCAUUGGCCAUGGCAGACCAGAUCGGAGGGGAGAAGGAGGUCACGUACGUGAACACCCACGGCACCUCCACGCCCAUCGGCGACGUCCAAGAGUUGGGCGCCGUGAAGCGAGUCUUCGAGGAGAGAGGCUACCAGCCCUACGUGGGGUCCACCAAGUCUAUGUCGGGCCAUGCCUUGGGAGCCGCUGGGGUCCACGAGGCCAUCUACUCGCUGCUGAUGAUGGACCGGGGCUUCCUGGCUGAGUCCAUCAACAUCGAGAAUCUGGUGGACGAAGCCGAGGGGAUGAAGAUCUUGACCGAGCGCCACGACGGAGAAGUGGCCCGAGUGGCCUCCAACUCCUUCGGCUUUGGUGGCACCAAUGCCUGCUUGGUCUUCGAUAAGUAUGAGGCCCACCGGGGGCACCAAACAUAA